AUGGUUGCCGGUAACAUCGGGCCGGUGGUCAGGAACCGACGUCGGACGGUAGCAGGGAACAUCGCGCCGGUGGCCGGGAACAUCGGGCCGGACAGGAGCGCGGACGAGCGGAGGAGCCCUGGAAAUAGUUACGUCGACACGCGACGCACCAGGGGGUCGGGAGGGGAAGAAGAGGAGGAGGGAUUGUGGAGGAGGAGAGAACUCCGGCAAUGUCUUACCACUGCACCAGCGUCUUACCACGGCGCCAGCGUCUUACCACUGCACCAGCGUCUUACCACGGCGCCAGCGUCUUACCACUGCACCAGCGUCUUACCACGGCGCCAGCGUCUUACCACUGCACCAGCGUCUUACCACGGCGCCAGCGUCUUACCACUGCACCAGCGUCUUACCACUGCACCAGCGUCUUACCACGGCGCCAGCGUCUUACCACUGCACCAGCGUCUUACCACGGCGCCAGCGUCUUACCACUGCACCAGCGUCUUACCACGGCGCCAGCGUCUUACCACUGCACCAGCGUCUUACCACGGCGCCAGCGUCUUACCACUGCACCAGCGUCUUACCACGGCGCCAGCGUCUUACCACGGCGCCAGCGUCUUACCACUGCACCAGCGUCUUACCACGGCGCCAGCGUCUUACCACUGCACCAGCGUCUUACCACUGCACCAGCGUCUUACCACGGCGCCAGCGUCUUACCACUGCACCAGCGUCUUACCACGGCGCCAGCGUCUUACCACUGCACCAGCGUCUUACCACGGCGCCAGCGUCUUACCACUGCGCCAGCGUCUUACCACGGCGCCAGCAUCUUACCACUGCACCAGCGUCUUACCACGGCGCCAGCGUCUUACCACUGCACCAGCGUCUUACCACUGCACCAGCGUCUUACCACGGCGCCAGCGUCUUACCACUGCACCAGCGUCUUACCACGGCGCCAGCGUCUUACCACUGCACCAGCGUCUUACCACGGCGCCAGCGUCUUACCACGGCGCCAGCGUCUUACCACUGCACCAGCGUCUUACCACUGCACCAGCGUCUUACCACGGCGCCAGCGUCUUACCACUGCACCAGCGUCUUACCACUGCACCAGCGUCUUACCACGACGCCAGCGUCUUACCACUGCACCAGCGUCUUACCACGGCGCCAGCGUCUUACCACUGCGCCAGCGUCUUACCACGGCGCCAGCGUCUUACCACUGCGCCAGCGUCUUACCACGGCGCCAGCGUCUUACCACUGCACCAGCGUCUUACCACGGCGCCAGCGUCUUACCACUGCACCAGCGUCUUACCACUGCACCAGCGUCUUACCACGGCGCCAGCGUCUUACCACUGCACCAGCGUCUUACCACUGCACCAGCGUCUUACCACGGCGCCAGCGUCUUACCACUGCACCAGCGUCUUACCACGGCACCAGCGUCUUACCACGGCGCCAGCGUCUUACCACUGCACCAGCGUCUUACCACUGCACCAGCGUCUUACCACUGCACCAGCGUCUUACCACGGCGCCAUCGUCUUACCACUGCGCCAGCGUCUUACCACGGCACCAGGGUCUUACCACUGCACCAGCGUCUUAUCACGGCGCCAGCGUCUUACCACUGCGCCAGCGUCUUACCACGGCGCCAGUGUCUUACCACUGCACCAGCGUCUUACCACGGCGCCAGCGUCUUACCACUGCACCAGCUCGCUCAGUCCACUCGGUGCAAAUCACGGAGGCAACAAGUUAGAGACGGGAUAG